AUGUUCCUGAGUGGUGCAGCUUCUCGCGGGGGCAUUGAGACAACCACUGAGUGGAGAUUGAUACACGCGCUACGUCAAGAUAGCCAUCGCUUCAGUAGACCUGGAGGUGUUGCCUUCAGUGGUGGCAGUACGAGAACGCAAGAGCUCCGUAAUGCAAUCAAUUUUCUUGACGUCCAGAUUCGCAGGACGUUCACCGUCCUACGACUUGACAUGCUGCUGUACCUAGAGUCAGAGGCAGAAGAAGAUGCGCCUCAAACAAGCUCAGAGUCGGAAACAGGUGAGGGCUCGGACCAAGACGAUACAUCUUCACAAUCAAGCUUAGAGUCUCAACCGAUGUCUCCAACCGACGACCGCUGGGGUUUACCUAGAGAUUCAUCUUCUCCAUCAGCCGCCGAAGCAUUGUCUAUGCUAAAACGGUUGUGCUUCGUUCUCGAAGCUCGGGCCAACCCUCUUCUAAGCCCUCGCGAGCAGGACGACACUGAUCACGCUUCCAAUUUCCCACGGCUAACGCGACUCAUCGAACAACUGCGGCUCCUAUCGCCGUCUACCACCGCUCUAGACCUUAUCCCAACACCCAGGACUUCGCCCAUGCGGUUCCUUUUCAAUAUUGCGGAAGGCGAAGCGACAGCAGCUGCCUUUGUAACUUUCACAGACCCCAGCCAGAAGCGGCCCCCCAAAGAUACCCGAAAGCAAAUGCUCGUAGAUGCCGAAAAUUUAUCAAAACUGCUCCUUUCCUUCAAUAGCUUUGUCGAUAUGCUACAAGUUGGCGAGCCUGCCCGUUCACCUAUUCUUUACGGUGUGCUUGCACGAGCAAUGGCAGCCUGCCAGAAUGUAUUUUCUGCAAACACUCCAGCAGCUGCAUGCAGCGAAAGCUCUGUAGCGCGCUCUGUCAUUCCCAUAGCAAUGACACGGACCUCGAGUUCUACGUCUCAGAGGACUCCAAAACGGCUCGAGACGCAGAAAUACCAUGUUCCCAAGACGCUGCCUAGAACGCGGAUAUACGGCGAUAGAUUCCCGAACCAUAGUCUCUGGACCCUAAUCGAGCAGGGUCGUUUCGCAAAGGAACAGACCCUGGACUUACUGUACAACACUGAUGGAACAGGCGGUGUCAUGGAAACCCACGAACGCAAGACUCUGGUCAUCAAGCUUGAUGUUAGGCUGAUGCUUUCCAUGGAUUCCGAUCACGUUUUCGAGACUUGGAAUCCAAAGCACAUCCGCUUCUUGGGGCCCGUGGAGACACAAAGGCUGUUUGUCUUGGUUCCCAGGAAGAAAGGCAGCUCAAGCCACCGAAAAUACCUCUCGCUUUCCAGUCUAUACCCCUCCGGCAGCCUCAAGGAGGAUGAAGAGGACCUAAAACCCCUGCCCCAGUUCGCUCUGUUGGCCAAGGCUCUGCUGCAAAUCGCGUGUGGUGACCGCCUGAGCAAGUUCAAGAUCGGUAAGGGUUCUGACCAGGUUUCCAUUGAUGCAUGGAACAGGCUCCGUAGGGUGGUCAACUCAUACAUCCGACGCUUGACAUGUGGACUAGACGUGGAUCGGGAGACAUUGCCAUUGCUACAGGCUGCCCUCGGCUGCCUGGACUUUCAUAUGGAGUAUCAGAACCGCUUGAGGGAGAGCCAGUCAAGACAGAAGAUGGAAAUUGCAUGGAAAUUGAUGUUUGACACUAUUCCCAUCAAGAUUGAUAACAAUCUGACUCUGAAGAAGCUGGUUACCCCUAGCACUAACCUUCUCACCCAAGAGGACGCAACACUAGAGCCCUUGCAUGUUGAAUGCCAAACAGUGGUGCAUCAAUCCUCUGUCGUUGCUACUGCCACCUCUUCCCAAACCUCCUCGAGCACGACUAUAAUGGAAAAGACUCUUACAAGACAGCUUUCGGUCCGGCGUAUUGAGCCGAGUCAACCCAAUGUUGAGCUUUUCGACGCAAAACAAGACCCAGCAUACUCAACCGCGAACGAGUUCUGGACACGUCUCGAAACAUUUCACAGGUCAUAUUCACGCUUUGUCACUCAUCGCAACGCAGUGUCAGGGAGCGGCUCACCACGGCGAAUUCGCAUCGCAGUCAUUGACACCGGGAUUGACUUCAACCACGCCGGAAUCAUGGAGGCUAAGGAGCAGGGACGCAUGGAAGGAGCAGUGGUGCCAGAGCUGGCUGCCCCGGAGGCGGAUAUCUAUGUUGCCAAAGUGUUCAAGCAGAACGCUUUGAGGUUUUACGAAGCCGAGAACAUAGCCAAGGCCAUUGAACACGCAGCAAGCACUUGGAACGUAGACAUAGUCUCCUUGUCCUUCGGCCUCAGACAACCAGCAGCUCGAGACGACGGAGACGAAACCGAAGAACAGUCAGCCCAUGAUAAGUACCACAAGAUCGUCGACGAGAUCGAAACCGCAAUCCGAGAUGCCUCUCAGCCGGGGCGACCCCGACUGAUAUUCGCAGCGGCCUCUAACAGUGGCAAAAACGAUCCCCGGGCGUUCCCAGCGAACAAUAAUCGUUGGGCAUUUGCGUUCAUGCCUCGAAGGGAAACGGUGAAGAUGGCGGAAUUAACCCUGAAAUACAGAGCGGCUUCAACUUUAUGA